AUGAAUGAUCGAAUUCUGCAUAGCUAUGAACUAAUUUACGAAGAAAUAGAAAGAAAUCCAGUGGAAGUGAAAGUUGAAGAAGCUCCUGUCCACAUGUAUGACUACGAUGAAGUGGCUAGCAAACCAAGGAUCUUUACACCUCCCCUUCAGUAUCAGCGUAAUGCAUUCGUACGCGACAUUCUCUAUGCAUAUAUGGAGGACGCUGGCGAGAAAAUUCGAAAGUUGGCUGUACUUGGCUGUGGUUCGUUGUCAUUAGAAAGAUUUCUAAUUGCCUUGAUGGGCAGUAUGGGAAUCGAAAGAGUGAUAUCUGUAGAUAUCGAUGAGAACGAAAUUUCGAAAGGAUUAAAGUUACUGAACUCUGCAGAGCACCAAAAUGAGAAAGUUGUGUGCAGUUCGAAUUCGCUCCCGGUAUUGCUUGAUGUCUAUAAAGGGGACAUUCUUGAAUAUGAUGAGCGCCUAGCUGGUGCUGGAUGUGUUUGCUCCACAGAAGUUAUUGAACACAUUCCAAAGGAAGAUGCGACGCGUUUCGUACGAUCUGUGCUUCUGAAUAUUCGACCACAGCUGUUUAUUAUUUCCACCCCAAAUCACGAAUACAAUGAAGCUUUCGGAAUGCCUAACGGAAAGUUUCGUCAUGAUGAUCAUAAAUUCGAGUUCACACGGCAUCAGUUCAGAAAUUGGUUGUUUGAAAUCAUCAAAGAUUUCUCUGAAGAUUACGAUUACGUGGUCAAAUAUGUUGGUAAUGUCCAAGGUAAGUAA